UAAAAUGAACAGAAGGUUAAAUGAAUACUCUUUGCAGGUUUAUCGAGUGGUUUGCUUGGUUAUUGUAUUGUGUUGUGUUUGGUGUAGUGCAAGUAGUGAUUCUGAAGAUGAUUAUGUGUAUGAGGAGGCUCACGCGAUACAACAAGCUAAUAGAAUAGUAGAUAUGAUUGUACCUUUGCUUAACUUGCAUAUAAUCCAAGAGAAGCGAAUAUUCGCAAGCAAGAUCCAAAGCAUACGCCAAUACCUUGAUCAAUUGGUAGAAGUAGAAGGGCGUAUGAGCCAGAACUUAAACCAAUCUAGCCACGAUUAUUUCGACCCAGUUAUAAAGGAGUACGAACGUAUAAUAGAUCGCUCGCCAUCUCUAGUGGUUAGAGAAGUGCUAAUACAGAAAAGUGCCGCGAUAAUAGCCCGGAAGCUAUUAGGCUACAUAAAUGGCUGUCUUGAUGGUAAAUAUAUACGUGUCAUAAGGUCUGGUAAAAUAGAGGAUGUAAUAGCUCAAGUGAGAGAAUUGAACGAUAUUAAGUUUGAUCGUAGCACUCUAGAAACACAACUGCAGACAAACAAACUCAGACGAACAGCAACAGAGAUAGAGAUAGAAGAAAAAAUAGCCAAGAUUGAAAUCAAGGUCAUUGAGUUAGCCAAACACUAUGAUUCCAAUGCAUUAUACGAGCGAUACAACGAAGCCGAGGAAGAAGAAGCAGAACUAAACCAAUUCCUGGAAAAGGAAGACCAUACAACAAUACUCGAACUAGCCAAAGAAUUGGAAGAAAAUGUAGGAAACAGAACAUCUAAAGAUGUGUGUGGACUAGUAGCUAGUGUAGGCGCAGUUAUAGACACUCUAAGUACAAAAAUACAGGAAUUAGACAGAGAUAAGAAACCCGGCAACAUUAGCAAAUCACACUGGGCGAUCUCUAAAACGCAGGCCCAACAGAAGAAACAUAAAGAAAAGAGGGCCCUAAAAGUAACUUAUCUUAAGUCCAUAAGAUCACAACUAUUCAGCAUACUGGAUCAAUUAAAUAACUCCCAAGUAAGUUAUCUUACAGUUUGCGAUAAGGAAUCAGAUGACAUUCAAUAUGACCUAUUCUCUUGUGAUUACAAAUAUAUUAAUCUUGGGUUAGAUGAAGAAGGUUGUACAAUUGAUUUAACCAAUGAGCAAGGAAGGCUUCUUGAUCAGUUGCUAAGAAGAUCAUUAGACAAAUGGCCUUCCCCUGUUUGUAAAUUGUUUGAUGCCAACGAAGUUAAUAAUAUCAGAGCGUAUGAGCUAUCUAUCACUGCACCGAAACAUGACGAUAUACUUUGCCUGGACCUUCAAUGGGACGAGAAUGAACUGCUAGAGUUACUAGGUGCCCUAAAGAAGAUCAGUAAAAUCAGUCUCAAUGUGAAAUCUGUCAAGAUAUGGUGUAUGCGAGCCCCUGCUAGUUUGUUUGUCCUAACCCAACUCUUAACAAUGUUUGAAAACCCAGAGUUGAGUGCUACGAACAGUCCUUUUGAGAUUUGGAUCGAAGCGAUAUGUAGAAAUAUUCCUUCUUCUGUGCCAUCGUUUGACAACGCUAUAAAACGGUGGCAGUUCCGAAAGCAAAUUGAGAAGAUCGACAAAUCGCGAUACAUUAUCAACCUGAGAGUUAAUGGGCUCACAACGGCUAUAAAGAGAUUCAUUUGGCCACUAGUAACCCAUUUUUCAACAUCCCUUAUACGUCUAUACUACCCCAUUGUGGACAAGAUAGACUUUCUUGAUGACGUCAACUGGAUAGACCAAUUCACUCUCGGCUUAGAAUUAGACUACAAAGAGGACACUAUUGUUAGUUUAGGUGCCAGAACCGCGAAAGGUAAAGUUCUCCCAACUUGUAAAUACCUAACCAUCAUCACACGCCAAGUCCCAGAAUCUGCCAACUUCUCGAAGGUUUAUGUCGUCAAUCUUGAUGGAUAUCUACAACCCAAAUCUUCUAAUGAGAAGGACAAUGUCUUAACUACCAAAAUAUUAUUAAGCGCUGAUGUUUUAGUAUCCUAUGCAGUCUUUGGUCUUAAUCAAACAGUGAAUACCCAGAUUUUGCGUAUAAUGAAUAUACCGCGCGAUCACACUAUUGAUGAUGUUGUCUCUCUUAGCCUAAAUCUGAUUAAUUCCUACAACGAUCUGAUUCAACGCAAUAAGGUAUCGAUUAAGUUAUGCCCACUACUAUCUAAGGUUGUCAAACAGCUAAAUCAAUUCAAUUACCAACUGUUGGCGCCCAACAAGUCAAAACACAACUUUAACCUACUUACUGCCAUCGUCCCCGGCAAAGCCCUAUUCAACUUUUCUAUCAUAUCUCAAGAAGUGAUUUUGAAUAUACUAAAUUCCAAUUGUUAUCCCCUAGAUCAAACUCCAGUAUCCUUAAUCCCAGAACCAUUCUCUAACCUAAUAGUCCUAAACUCCACACCCCCACCCGAAGCAAAUCCCCAACCAAUCUCUAGCUAA